AUGUCCACAGACGAUAUUCCAAAGGAAGAAAAAAUUAUUAAAAAAAUCAGACCCAAUUUUGGGAAACCGCAUCCUGAGGGCAAGCAAUGCGAACAUGACAGGGAAGAUAAAAAACACCCAAAAGGUGAGGGCCAUCUCCACAUUGGAAAACAUGGACACGAAGGCAAACCUGGACACGAAGGCAAACCUGGACAUGAAGGUGGAAUCUGGCAUAAAACUGACCAUGGCAAAGAAGGAGAGCACCAGAAAGAAGAAGCAUAA